CCUUUCCCUCCCUCUCUCUCUCUCUUUCUCUCCCUCCCUCCCAACCUCUCUGCGCUGUACUCUCAGGGGGAUCUCAUCACUGCUGCAGCAUCACUAACAACCUCAAUCCAGGAGGCUGGGAAAGAGAGGCGGAAGGGAGAGAAAAAAAACCCUGAAUGAAUGGGCAUCGCAUCAGUGAUCAUUAUGGGGAGAACAGCGGCUGCUGCAUAGAGAGGAGGAAUUGUUUUUAAAGAAAGGGGGAGAAGCGAGGAAAGGAAGCGAAGCAAGCGCUGCCACAACAAUUAAACCAGGUUUCAUCAGAAGGCUUUCUUUGGACAAGUAAUUCACGCCAGAGGGAUAGAUCCUGCUGGGGCAUCGGCUAUCAUAUCUUCCAUUGAUGCUCAGACUGAAUACACUGUUCUGCUUGCCUUUGAUUUCCACCUCAGAGCGAAAAAAACCUACUUUCCACCUCAUUCUCAUAACCAAGUCUCCACGUGACAAAGAAAUGGAUGUUCGGAAAUUACUGGGUUCUCUUUAAAAGCAGGCUCAUCCAUGGGAAGAAACCCAAUUGCUGGAUGAUCACUCUUAUGAUCUUCAUGAGGACCAAGCCUGGAAUCCAGAGGGAGAAGAGGAUCCAGCGCUGAGCCAAGCCCUUACCUGAAGCACUGGGAGAUGCGAGAGGAAAACCUCCCAAAGGAGAAAGAGUGACCAAGGAACUGGAUUGACAGACUUUUAGCUUCCUCCUCCUAAAGCAAUGCUCUAGGAAAUACUAACACCAUGAAGGGCUUAGGAGAUAACAGAAGCCGCCACCUCUCUGAUAAUCUGGACUCCCCUCAAGACUCUCUUUAUUCCACCCAGGACAGGAAUCCUUAUCUCCUCAGCCCCACCGACUCAUACACCAUGGAUCCUCGGUUCCCCACUCCAAAUUCCCUUCAUAGUGACUGUCUCCUUCCACUCAACAACCAGAUUUCCAACAGCAGCACAUUUCCACGGAUCCAUUACAACUCCCACUUUGAGGUGCCCGAUGAGAAUCCAUUUCCAAGCCAUGCACAAGCCACCAAGAUCAACAGGCUUCCUGCCAACCUUCUGGACCAGUUUGAGAAACAACUUCCUAUCCACAGAGAUGGCUUUAGCACCCUCCAAUUCCAGAGAAGCUCUGAUUCCAAACAACGGAGUGAGAGUCCUGGAAGGAUCCGGCAUUUGGUUCACUCAGUCCAAAAACUUUUUGCUAAAUCACAGUCACUGGAGGGUGCCUCCAAAGGUAGCAUCAAUGGCAAGAAAGGCACUGAGGACCCAAAGCAGAACCGAAGGAGCAAGAGUAAGGACAGGGCAAAAACAACUGAAACCAAGCGCAGGACCAGAUCCAACAUAUCGGGAUGGUGGAGCUCAGAUGACAAUCUGGACAAUGACACAUGCAAUUAUCGUAACCCUAUGGGCCUCAUGACGCUUGGUCGGCAGCCUGAUCACAGCCAGCCUAGAUACUUCAUGCACGCUUACAACACAAUUAGUGAACACAUGCUGAAAUCCUCCAAGAGCAAUAAUGACCUAAAGGUCAAUCCUUGUACCAACAUCCCCAUCAACAGUGAGUCCAAUUACAUCAAAAGAGGCUCCUGGUCCACUCUCACACUCAGCCAUGCCCGGGAGAUGUGCCAAAAGGCUUCUGCUACCAUUGACCGAGCUCUACUGAAAUCCAAGUCCUGCCAUCAAGAUUUAGCCUAUCAGUACUUGCAGGUGCCUCAGGGAGACUGGAAUAAUACGCUGACGAGGGACAAAGACAAUGAAAUCCCAUGUCGACGCAUGCGGAGCGGGAGCUAUAUCAAAGCCAUGGGGGAUGACGACAGUGAAGACUCAGAAAGCAGCCCCAAGCCAUCUCCAAAAACUGCAGCACGGCGGCAGAGUUACCUCAAGGCCACUCAACAGUCGCUGAGUGAGCAGAGCACCACUCAGAGAAGCCUGGACCGCCUAGACUCUGUUGAGAUCAUCUUGCCUCCAAAGUUCCCAAGCUGGGAGGAAGAAUACAAUCAGAUCACAGAAACCCUCAACGAGACCAGUUCCAUCAGUCAGAUAUUUGGACAGUCCUCCUUUAUUCCACAAAUAUUUACACAAGGAGAUCAGGCCAGAGAGGUGGAGCUGAAUGACCAGUAUGAGGGCCUGUGUGAAUCAGCCUACAGUGAAGCAGAGUCGGUGACCGUGGAGGUGCUGGAUCUGCCUCUUCCCAGCUACUUUCGCUCCCGGAGCCACAGCUACCUCCGAGCCAUCCAGGCAGGCUGCUCCCAGGAAGAGGACACCGUCUCUAUUCGGUCCAUUUCUCCACCCCCAGCCAACAGCAUCAGUGGGAGUCGGACGCUUCCCAGCAACAGUUCGGCAUGUCUAGUGGGAUAUAAAAAGACACCACCGCCAGUCCCACCUCGGACCACCUCGAAGCCGUUCAUCUCUGUCACUGUGCAGAGCAGCACUGAAUCGGCUCAGGACAACUACCUAGACAACCAGGACCACAAGAGUGAAGUCAACAGCCAGUCGGGAUUGAGCAAUUCUUCAGACAGCUUAGAUAGUACCAGGCCACCCAGUGUGACCAGAGGCAGCAUCGUGACUCCAGCCAGAGAACCUCCUGAAUUACCCCAGAAAAAUGCAGCCUUGAAAAGUGAUAAAGGAACGCUGACUAACGAAGAGCCGAAGGUGGAGAAUAUCCCCAAAAGGAAGUUGUCAUCUAUAGGAAUACAAGUUGACUGCCUUCAGCCAGUGGCAAAAGAGGAGCCCCCUCCACCAGCCACCAAAUUCCAGUCCAUCGGGGUACAGGUAGAGGACGAGUGGCGCAACAGCCACUCCCACAGCAUGUCCACCAAGCAGGACACAGAUUCUGACACGCAAGAACCAAAUAACUCUAGCUGUAAAUCUGAGAGAAGCCUUGCUGAUUGCCCGCCAUGCAACAAUUCUAACAGCUUUGAUGCCAGUACGAGGCAAACAGCCAUGCCCUCCCAGAUCACAAGAAACCUCUCCUAUGGAGACAGCAAUGACCCAGCUCUAGAACCUUCUUCUCUUCCUCCUCCUGACCCUUGGCUUGAGACUUCCACCACCAUUCCAUCAGAACCAACACAGCCAGGAGCUUGCCGAAGGGACGGGUACUGGUUUCAGAAACUACUGCAGGCAGAGACUGAAAGAUUAGAAGGAUGGUGUCGUCAGAUGGACCAAGAGACCAAAGAGAACAGCCUCUCUGAAGAAGUCUUAGGCAAAGUCCUCAGUGCAGUGGGCAGUGCACAGUUACUAAUGUCCCAGAAAUUCCAGCAAUUCCGUGGCCUCUGUGACCAAAACUUGAACCCCAAUUCCAAUCCCAGGCCCACAGCACAGGACCUUGCUGGUUUUUGGGAUCUGUUGCAAUUGUCCAUCGAAGACAUCAGCAUGAAAUUUGAUGAGUUGUACCACCUAAAGGCUAAUGGCUGGCAGUUGGCAGAGACACCGGAGAAGAAAGAAGAGAAGAAAGCACCCCCUCCUGUGCCAAAGAAGCCAGCCAAAUCUAAAUCCCAACUAAACCGGGACAAGGCUUCCGAUUCAGUGGAUAAACAGCGCCAGGAAGCUCGCAAGCGACUGAUGGCGGCAAAGCGUGCUGCCUCAGUCCGGCAGAACUCUGCCACUGAGAGCGCGGACAGUAUUGAAAUCUACGUUCCUGAGGCACAGACCCGUCUUUGAGCAAGGGGAAGAGGAAGAAAACGCACUCUUUUUGACAUCAUUAAAAGGAAAAAAAGGUUCACUAAACUUAGUCUGAUUUAUUUGGUCUAGAGACACAGAGCCGAUCUUUCAAAGGGCUCCCAAUUUGGCUUUUUCUCUCUCUUUCUGUCUCCAGCUUUAAGUAAUGAAGAUUUUGAAAGGAAAUUAUCUUUCCCAGUUCUCUGGUUCCUCUCUCUUAAACCCUCCUACCCUUUCACACUGGCUGUGGUGUGGUGGAACAGACUCUUGGAAACACAGUCCUUUAGACUUGGAACUGCAUCCUUUUUACUUGUUCUGUCUAAGGAAAAUUAUUAGCUUGUUUACAUGAAACGGACAACACAAAACCAAGCCUUGGGCACUUGCCAUGCUGUGCUUUUUUUCCUCUUUGUUGUAUUCUUUGUCCUUCCCUUCCACACACGGUCUUUCCCCCCACAUCUGUCCAGCCCCACCCCUUCUCAUCCCCUUGGUCCCUCCCCAAUGUCCCCCAUUUCUCUAGGCCCUGGCCUUUCUUCUUCUGUCAUCCUUUCUCUGCAUGGCAUCGUUUACUGUGUUAAAAGUAAACUCUUCCACAGAGCUCCAGAAGAGAACACCUGUUCAGCGUGUACUGUUGUUGCACUCUGCUAGUGAGCAGCCUUUUGCAGUUUUUUAAAUGUAUUUUUUGCCUUGUCAGUGGGCGGGUGCGGGAGGCUGAGGGGGAGGGGCGGGGAAAGUGACAGGGCUUUCUCAAAGGGUUCCAUGUAUCUUUAAGCCUCACCACCACAUGAAGGGGCAAGAUCAGUAGAAUUGUGUCAAACUGAAGGCAGGAAUCCUAUUCGCAUGGGGCCUGCAAGCAAACAUUACCAACAGAAAAUAAUGUAAGGGGGUGGGGCUUCACCGUGAAUGCUGCGACAAAAGGCGGGUGGGCCCUUUUAGGGUGUCCUGUCAUACAACACAGUGGAUAUAUACGUAUAUUGUCCCACUCGUGCGCACAUACACUUCUUUCCUUCAAUUCCCCCUCCUGCAAGGUUUCUUUUUUUGUUCUAUUGGGUUGUUAUUUGUUUUUGCAAGAGUCACUGUUGAAGAAAUCAGCUGCUACACAAGAGAACACUGUCUCCAAAUGGGUAUAUAAUAUUAGGCCAUUCUUGGGUGAAAAAUGAGUGAACAAUGAUGGCUUCUGUGCUUUAAAAAAAGUAUCGGUAGCUAAUGGAGGGCUGGCAGUUUGCCUGCCUGUAUGUAUGUGUACAUAUGCAUAUACACACUUAGUAGGUUCUGUAUAUUUAACACAUAUACAUACCCGUGUAUGUAAAUGUGCGCGCACACGCAUUUCGAUGGUGUUUGUAAAAAAAACAAAAAAACACCUCAGUGAGAGUGGGUGUAUGUAUAGCAUAUAUUUUUACAUGUACUAUAGCUAGAUGUGUGUAAAAGUGUGUGCAAAAAUAUAUACCCUGUGUAUAAUCAAAUUCCUUUUUCCAGUCACACCCUUUGUAUCCCAUGUUCUGUGGGGAACACUCACUAAAGUUCACCAUUUUGGCCUAAUGUUGUGGAGCCAGAAGUCAAUGGUUCCUCUACCUUUUCUUCUCUUUCAACCACCCUUUCCUCCAGAAAAAAGUGUGCAUUUGUCACAAAGCUGAGCACUCACAUGGUGGGGAACGAUAGAGGCUAUUUUGUUAAUGGUUUCAAGUAGUCAAAAUUCUGAAGGAAUUUUAUACCACUGUGUUGGUAAUUUAAGAGGACAGUAGAAAAUCCUAAUUCUGGCAUGCAUAUGUCUGGUGUCUAUGCAUAUAUACAUUUUUCCACCUCAUAUGCAACCUGUAUAUCUGGUAAAAAUUUGCCAUAGAGAAUGUGGCUUCAAAUCAAGAUAGGAUUAUUUUCUUGUUAUAUAUGCUUCCACACGAAAUGAUGGUAGAGAGAUGACUUCUAACCAAAUGGCAGAUAUUCUCAGUUCUUCAUAUUAAAAUCUGAAACUCUUGGAAUGGGACUGGUGUUACUCAGGUUUCCCUAAGCAGUAAUUUUAGAGGGUACUGACUUUGGUCAAAUGCCUGAACCCCUUAUAUUCCCACAUGAGAUCAGUGAGAUGAAAUUUUAAAUCUUUGUAAAUGCAGUUUUAAGUCAGUUUAUGAAACACAGCUUGGAUUAACUUUCACCAUGCCGCAGCACUGCUUCACAUGUGAUGUGCUAGUAAACACAUUUGCCUCUGUAUGUACAAUCCUUCUGCUCUUUAGCACAUGUACUUUCAUGAGGCAUAUGUUUGCCACAUUCGCCCUUUUACGUUUCAAUGCAUGUAAACAGUGUGUUAAUGUAUACACCUGAAGACUGUAAAGCAGUGCCAGUUUUCGGCAAAAAAAUGAUAAGAUAAUGGAUUGUGUACUGUGUUAUAAAGGAAAUUGGGCUAUGGUUAGAGGAACAUUCUUUCAGAGCAGUUUGAGCCAAGCUGAGCCUUGCUAGAAAUAUCACUGUCCCCUCCUACCUGGGUGGAGGGGCAAGAUCAAAGCAAAAGCAGCCGGAACUCAAUAAAGUUUCAUCUCAAUGUAUAGCUCCAAGGCUUUCUCCCUUCUUAAAAAAAUGUAGUAAAGAAGCAAGAAUGGUUUUCUAGAAAAGCACUGAAAGAUGUUUAUGUGGACAUGCCUUGCAUGCAGCAUCUUCGAAAGGACGAUAGCCUGAAUAAGGUGUUUUAGUAUUCCAACAGUCGGAAUGCAGUUGGCUCAGAUCUGUAUCCAUUGUGACACACACCACACCCUUUGCUUUAAUAUAUCUCCCAGCUGUAUAGGAGACUUAACAGGGUUUGAGAAAUAACUUUCAUGUACAAAUUAGUUUUAGUUAAUAGGAUGACAAGGUAGCACAUUACCUACCUCUUCAUGCAGAAUAAACAGUCCACUGUCACUGCUACCCCCUCUGUUAUAGAAACCUAGUAUCCAGGGAUGAAACAGUUGCCUUCCAGAUACCCAAAUCUCUGUAAGGGAACAAACCAGGUAGCCGUAUAGUCACAAAACCCUUUUAAAAAAAGGACUACCUUUAAAGGGCUGUGAACCUACUAAAUUCCCUCUUUUCCUAUGUUUCUUGUGUGGGUCCUGAAUAUUUGGGGAUGGAUUAAACACAGUUUAAAUAUUACUGUAUGGGUGUAAUGGGAAUACAACCACUGCCAGCUAUGUAUAAGGAUCAAGUGCAGCUUGCUCUGAUCAAUUAAGUGCAAAGAUGCAGCUGUUUCAGAAUUCCUGAAGUCUGACCCUGUUUAACUUUUUACCCUUGGCACUUCAAAGCUAUCAUUUACAUUGCAGGGUAAGUCCACAAAGGGAUAGGUUUGUUCCUGUAAAAAGACUUGGAAGAUUGGUGUAACAAUGACUUCAUCCCUUGUAGCAAUAGUUGUGGGGGGAGACUAUGGUGUAUCUUGCAUUUCUCUCCCUGUCAUUUUGAAUUCCGUCACUUUCCUGGUUUCAGUGUUUUCAAGAGACAAUCUAGAGAUCCAACACUCAAGUGGCUCUGAACAGCCCCUGCUUCUUUAAACUGUGCUUCUAAGAUGCUUCUGUAGUUCUGUUUAUGUAAUAGUUGUGUGGAUUUAAAACAAAAUGUACAUAGAAUGCUUUGGUUUAUAACAUUUUUUUUAAGAACCACAAAGCUGGAAAAUAAAUUGUGACAUUUUCCCCACGGUGAUUUAGCUUACUUACCUUAGUUCUAUGGCAGGAAACAAAAUUGUUUAGGCCCAUGAUGUUAAUUUCAUGACACUUUUUUUAAAAAAAAUGGAAAAUGAAGCCUUGUACCUAGCCCCAUAUCCUAACGUUUUGUAAUGUGAAUUUGCUGCCAUUGUAGACUACAGUAAAAGCAAAGAGAAGGUGCCUCGUGGGUGCCCUGAUGUUA